ACGUUAGCUAAAUUACAAACGGUUUUGAAGAUGUUUGGAGUAGCUAGCUAUUAGCAAAUAAAGACAUUCAACUACCAAAUAUAUUUAGCUAAACCUAAAUGUCGUUUAAAAGAGAUGGCAAUGAUCAGAGUCAAUUGAAUAUCCUCAAGAAACGGCGUGUUGCAGAUCUCCUGUCCAAUUUCAUUCCAGAGGAUGAGGCAGCCUUGAUGAAAAAUGGAAGAUACACCUGCCUUGUGUGUUCAUACCGCCCUGUUUUUGAUACAGUUGACAUACUGACAGUACACAGAAAGGGGAAAAGACAUCUCGAAGGGAUGAAGUGGUUUUAUGGAAAGAAAACUCAACUGAAAAAUGAGAUAUCUAAACGAAAACAUGAAAACUAUGUUCAAGCUGAAGAUAGCCAACAGGAACCCUCUAGUUCUGCCCCCCUGUUGACACAGACACGUAAACUCACCCACCACGCCUUACUGAAGACUGUGCCAUACAACAGUUGUCACAAAAAGACCAGUACAAAGUCUGAAAAAGGAUCAACUAGUUCCAUUCCAGACUGUGACAUCAGCCCCUCCAGCACAAGACUAUCAUCACCACAUCAAACGUCAGUGGAGACGAUAAGAGAUACAGACAUAAUGUCCUUACCCAGUUCCAACAGUAAUACAGCAGUCAAUCAGGGAUCGUGUUCAAUCGGGAGAAAUAAUGAAGUGUGUAAGGAGUCUCAGCCAACAGCGACCCAGGAGUUGGAACCUAUGACAGCUCAAAGGAGGAGAGAGAUGGAGCAUUACCUUAAAUUGAAAAGUGCGGGAUGGCUGCAGGACAGGAGUGGCCAGUGGGUAAAGGAUGAGAAUGUGGAGUUUGAUUCAGAUGAAGAGGAACCCUCAUUGCUCCCAUCCUCUCCCCCCACUGACUCAACAGAGGGCUGACCAGAUGAGCAGCAGUGACCAGACCAACACCACCACCUUCCCACAAUCCUUAGCCCUUUCCUCAAACCCUGCCGCUGACACAAAGGUCCCGUUUGGACAUACAUCUGUUGACUCAACAGUUAUGAAGUGCACUCUGUUGCGGUAAUGACAACACUAUAAGAGCAGUACUAGAUCAUCUUGAACUGCCUCCAUGCCUCCCUAUCUCAGGGAAGAUGCAUUGGUGCUUGAGACAAUGCUCUGACUGAUUCUCAGCACCCUUUGUGUUAUUCCGUUUGCCCAUUUUAUUUAUGUCCAACACCUCCCCUGUUAAGGCUAAGCUUCUGUGAGUUUACCAUAAAUCAACAGCAGAUAGGACAAUAUUACUGCUAAUCUUGGUAGUGGAGCCACCGGUUAACAUUCUUCCGAAGGUUCUCAUUUGUGACUCACCCCUAGACCACUCUAUAUAGUGGAUAACCUAGAGAAAGGGAGCGUGUGGACUUAACGUGGGUUAGUUUUAAAUGAUGACGUUGAAGUGUGGCAAAAACUGAGUACCUGAUCAUUAUUUUUGAGCUCAGUGCGUGACUUCCACAAGACGUUUGGAAUGUUUGUUGACAGUUUUUAGCUCUUGUGUGGACGCAGUCUUGUGUCUUCAAGACUGAUGAUGUUAUGGAGUUAAAUUGUCAAUGCAAUAAGUCAUGUUGAUUCUAUCAUGUUACUUGUACUUUUAGAUGACUAAACAAAACAGUUGUCCUCCACUGCUAACUAGCCACAAUGUUCAAUGUCUGUUUGAAUAACCCAGAUACAAGGGAGUAAAAUAAAGCACCACUUAACUUAGAACUGUA